UCUCUGUGACUCACUCUCUCGCUCUCAGUCAUGGCCUCUCUGGUACUCGGAGCUCCUCCUAUGUCUUCCCAGUCGCUAACUUUCUCUUCUCGCAUUUCUUUCUCUAAAUCCGAAUCCCUCGGCACAUCGCUCUCCUCUUCUUCGCCUUCCUCUCUCUCAAUUUCCGCAGCUCCUUCUACAGUCCCUUCAGUGUACUGCGGCAGAGGUGAUAGGAAAACGGCCAGAGGAAAACGCUUCAAUCACUCCUUUGGCAAUGCGAGGCCAAGGAACAAGAACAAAGGGCGAGGACCACCAAAGGCACCGGUUGCUCCGGCUCCACCAAAGAAGGAUCGUUUCGAGGACGAUCAGAUUAUCAAGAUUGACAUCGAUGAGUCUUUCUAGAGUUUUAACAGCUAAUUAUCGCACCUGAUUUUCAAUUCCUUCCUACUUGUAUGUGAUUUCUGGUAUGUAACCGGCUGUGUUUGAUGAGAUUUGGAAACAAUAAGACCUCUGAAUCUAUUACAAUGAUGCUGUUCUAAAUACUUUCA